AUGUCAAUGGAGACCAGCCAAGCUGGUGCACCAGCCUCAUUUGCCCAACAUAAAGGCAUACAUGUACUGUUGAACUCUUCUUAUUCGCCAAUAUUUCAAUCGACCCAGCAACACUCACCUGUAUCAGUACCUCCACCUAUCUCUACCGAAUUGCCACCCUACAGUCUGAAUCCUUCGACCCUGGAUACAAUCCAUCCAAAUACUGCUUCAAUCGCCACCACAAUGAAUCCGCCUACAAUGCCAUUCCCGACUGGUGGACUCCAUCACCAUCCACUCCUUCAUCAAUCAUAUCCACCUCAUAUGACUCAACAACAUCUUCAUCAACAGCAACAACAUCUACAUCAACAGCAACAACAACAGCUCCAACAGCAGCAACAACAACAGCAUGUACUUCAACAACAACAACAACAACAACAGCCUCAAAUAUUUUGUCCACCAAUUCCUCCAUAUCCAAAGGCCAACAACUCAUUUAUGAUGGACAACAAGAUGUUUACAAACUCGAUUCCAACUCCAUUGGCACCACCAAUGUCUUCAUUACCUGGUCAAUCACAUGUACAUCCAUCACAUCAAUCUCAACAACAACAACAACAACCUCCACCACCAUCAACAAAUAAUUAUCAUCGUCAACUGCAUCAACAUCUUGAGAACCACCUCAAUCAAUUUUGGAAGAAAGAGACAAAGGAUAUCUCAAUGAUGGAUGAUUUCAAGACAACUCAUGAACUGCCACUGGCUAGGAUAAAGAAGAUAAUGAAAUCAGAUGAUGAAGUAAAUAAAAUAUCAGCAGAAGUACCAAUGUUGUUCUCCAAGGCAUGUGAGCUGUUCAUUCUGGAGAUGACCAUCCGCUCAUGGGUACAUACCGAGAUGAACAAGAGAAGGACCUUACAAAGGAUUGAUAUUGCCAAUGCAUUGACCAAAUCAGAGAUGUUUGAUUUCCUCAUCGAUAUUGUGCCCAGAGAAGAACUACGCUCAAAUAGGAAGUUCUAUGAUGAUGUACAUAAAGAAAACUUUGUUACUCCAGAGUACCUCCAAUUCAUCCAACUUCAACAAGCUGAAGCUCAUAAUGGAUUCAAGAGGUCUUACUCUAUAGAUAUUACUCCUUCGGAUGACUCGCCAUCGUAUAGCCCAAAGAAGAGAAGUAUGUCACAUGACUUUACUCUGGUCGGCGAGAAUCCUCAUCAAUAUCCAGAUGUUCGUGUGAGCCAACUUCCUCAAAUGCAGCAACUGAGCACUCCAUUUGGAAUGCCUGCUCCGCGACUGGGGAGUGGCCCGGGUACUCCAGGUGGCCCUGGUGGAGUAUACAUGCCUGCUGCCACAACCAGCAUGGCACCUCCUCAAGGUGUACCACCAUAUCAUCAAGGCAGUAGUGGCAGCAGUGGUGCUGCGCAACCGCCUCUCAACAUUGGUACACACAAUCAUCAAUUCCAUCAGUACUACUACGGUACUAAAUAA